AUGUCUCCCAAAAAGACUGCCCGUCAAGUCGCUGAGAUUGCCGGCAAGGGCAAGACUGCCAAGCGCGUGGCCAAGUUUGAGCGGGAUGAUGCGUUGGGUGAAAAUGGCGAUUACUCGGUUCGAGUCCGAGAACCAGCCGAAAGUGGUUACCACCUCACCCACACUGCUGUCCUGGCGUCCUUCCCAAUCCCCGAACCCUCCAAUCGGGCACUCUCUCGUCCAUCCUAUGGACGAUGCACCCAAUCGAGGAUCCAAAACGGCCAUACCGCUCCAUGUCGCAACAACAAGCGGCGGCUCAAAAAAUUGCGGCAGAGGUCGGAUCGAAACCCGGCCUCUAUCAAGGCCUUUACAGCACGGUCCAACGCAAAGUGGAACCCCGUCGAGCACGCCAAAAGAAAAUUGGUCAAAAAAGCCCGCCUCCUUUUUUGCGAAGCUUGUUCGGUGGCCUUUCCAUCGGAUUGGCACCAACGCCAUUACAAUUCCCUGCCUCGCCACAAGGCAAAUGUGGCGGCCGCAAAGGCCAGAGAAGACGCCGAGGCUGGCUGGGAAGACGAGUUUGACGAUUGA